CUUUUCUUCAUCCUCUAAAUUGAACUUUUGUAAAUGUCAAAAGUAUACCUUUUUGAACUUUUCAAACUGUUCGAUAUACUAGGAACUCCAACGUACUUUCAUGCUUAUGAUAUGACAUGACAUGAAGGGCUCUAGGACAACUUGCCUACUAUGUCGUCACAUUAUAACGACUUCGGGCAGGUCACGCGCUUCCCAAUGGGAAGCUCAAGCAGCUCGGCUAUCGAGUACCUCUGCGUCGCCUCCUCAAGAUACAGCUGCUGAGAACCCAAAGCACAAUUCAGGGGACAAUCCAGGGUCAUCUAGGGUCCGAAGAGUGUUACCUUCACAACAGAAACUCAAUCCUACUACACCAUGGUCGAAAAUUGGUCGAAAAAAAUUGCCGCCUAGGGAUUCUGCCCGCACGGAUGCUAUAUUCCAUCAAAUCGUUGGCGAGCAGACCACGAGGAUUAACACCUCACCAGGCGAGGCACAAAAUGGUACCAACAUGGAUCUGGCCCUCGUUCAGGCAAUCGGCAAGCUUGGGCAUAUGAUCGACAAGGGCCAAUCCGAAGCAGAGGCAUACGCCUACCUCAAGACCGAGAUAUAUCCUAUGCUGCGCAAGCCGGAUGUCACUAUCCCUCGCGUAUUUUCCCAGGUCGUGCUAAGACUGAUGGAUAAUAUCGUUGCUGCAAAAAGAGAAUCCCCACGUUCUCCUGAACUACCAACAGUCGCUGAUAUAUUUCGAGUAUACGCCGACAUUGGUGAGAUGAAGCCCCAGCGAUGGGCUACGCUCGUGGGAGACUUGGUACAAAGCAUCGUGAAUAUUGACCCAUCUACUGAGAAGCAGGCCACAACUCCUGUCGACGAAAAACUUGCGACCCGUGACGCCAUGCUCAUUGACCUCGUUGAAUCUUGGAAGGUCUUAUCCCUUCCCGGGGUUGUUCCUGCUACUCCUGACAAUGACCUGACCGAUGGAUUCUGGUUCCCGAAGCUCAACAAACACGUGCUGGUAAAAUCCUCAGGGCUGGGGAAUUUUCCUGCAGCAUUAGGCAGUCUUUUUUCACAAUACCAUGCAAAUCAACUUGGUGCUCCCGUGGCCGUGCUAGCCAUUGCCACAUACACUUUGCUCCUUGAUCCCCAACGAAGUAAUAUGAUAGCUAAACAGAGUGCUGCGCGCUUCAUCUUUAAGGUAGCAUACCUUAUUACAUUUGUAAAUUAUGGAGAAGAAGCCCUCCGCACCGAUGUCUUGAAUACAUUCCCAGGGCUAGAAAACUAUAUCAUGGGCCAGUGGCCUAUCAUCAAAAAGAAGUUAAAAGAUACGGUCGACUCAAUGAGUUCAGGGACUACUUUUGCACCACCUUCCAACCAUGUUUCUUCAACUACUCCAGGGACGAUUAUUGGGCCUGUCGUGGCUAGCCGCCUUAAUCGAGCUUUUGUGAACAAAAACCCCAACGAGGUCAGCAAUUGUUGGCAGGGUUUCGUCGGAUCUGGCGAUGACAUAUCUCCAGAGAGGGUCAUGGAGCUUCAGAAAAAUGCGGAUCUCUUUGACCUUUUUAUCAACAUUUGGAUGGGCUUAAACAAACCUGAUCGCGCAAUAAUUGCCUUGAAUACUUUGCGCAAAGUGGGCCUCAGACCGACGGUGAAGACUUGGAACAGCAUGCUCGAUGGCUGCAAGAAAGCUCGCAACAUCAACGGCCUAAAAAAUGUGUGGGCUAAAAUUGCAGCCUCUAAAAUCAAACUUGAUAUGCGAAUAUGGACUACGCGCGUGUCAGGAUUAAUGGAGGGCGGCGAUUUCGAGGGCGGAAUCCAAGCCCUACAGGAAAUGGCACAGUUAUGGAAGAAGAGUCGCGUGGAUGAAAACGUUAGCGCUGUUGAGCCGACUAUCGAGCCCAUCAAUGCAGCUCUUGUCGGCCUCCUACGAAAUGAUCAAGUCUCAACCGCUGAGAGCCUCCUAGCUUGGGCCAGCCGACAAGGCAUUGAGCCUGAUGCCUUCACCUUCAAUACCCUACUCCGUCGUUUCGUUCGCGACGGUCGCCAUGAGGAUGGACGGCGGCUCUUUUCGAUCAUGAAAAAUGCAGGUAUACAAGCCAAUGAGGCGACUUUUACCAUCAUUCUCGACUCGGCUUUCUCAAAAAUUGCACCCAACGAUGUAGAGACGCAAGCGCAGACAGUAACAGAUGUGCUCAACGAGAUGGAGGCAGCUGGGUUGGAAGCGAAUAUGCAGACCUAUGGUAAGCUAGUUCAUACGCUGCUACAAGCAGGAGGCCAGGCUCAAAAGGCUCUUAAAUUCGUACUCGCACACUUGUGGGGUCAGGGCCAUGAGAUUUCGCCGCAGAUAUACACGAUGUUGUUAGAGAAUUACUUUGCGCGAAGCCCUCCGGACCUAGACGCCGUCGAAGCGCUACUACAACGUCGCCGUUUACUCCAUCAUAAUGACGUAGACCGCAUUCUUUCCGAUCGAGUUAUCAGGGGAUACGUUAUGGUAGGCCAGACGGACAAGGCGCUCGACAUGUACUACCAGGUCAGCAAUACCAACACUACCAUUUCGCUGUCCACGUCAAGGGAUCUACUCCAUGCGUUAUUGAACGAAGGCCGGAUCGACGAGGCGAGGGGCAUCGUUGCCAAUACGAAGAAGAUGUACAAGGCCACGUUUGAGGAAGCGACCGAAGCCUCUACGUUCUGGAGGCACCCUUUCUGGCAAUUAGCUGUCAACGCUGGCAUUUUCGACCAGGAAGACCCUACUACCACUACUUCUGUGGGAAAUGGAACACGUACCUAAAUGCUUCCCCUGCCUUCACCCAGGGAGGUAGGUUUGGUAGAGCCAGUCGGCGUGGAUGUAUAUACUUGAAUGUACCUAGCAAUAAUGUUGAGUUCGGAUACACUUCGAACGUGGACUAUAUAUAUGCGCCUUCUGGACACCUAGGUGGAUAAACAAGUCGAUUGUAAACUACCUUGGCUAGGAGAUUUACCUAUGUACUACUAGGUAAGGAUCCAUCAUACGAUAAGGCGUUAACUCAUUAUUGACAUAUUUUACCCAACACCAAAUAGAAAUAUGAAGUAAUCGUC